AUGCGAUCAAAUGGUGUCUCAUACAUAACCAAUUCUAUUUUUGUGGAUGAAGCAGAAUUCAAAGUACACUUAAUCAGACGUGCUGGGAGCACAAAAAGAAGCGAAAAAAGCACUGUUAAAAGCUUGGCUAAAAGAGGUUUGGGCAUUACAAUUCUUGCUGCUGUCGCUUACCAAGGCGUUGAAAAAUUUCAAGCAAAAAUGGUACAUGGUGGCACACCAGAAUCUGUCUUUAUUGAAUUUGUAAAGACAAUUAUGGAUUCACUUGACCAAGAUAAUGCUGAUCCGCACAACUUUAUUAUAAAUAACGUAUCCAGGAACAAAUUUCCCCUAGUUACACUAGUGAUCAAACAUAUUUGUCGCAUUCCGGAUAUCAAUUCGAAUGUGAGAGGGUCUGGUGAAACUUGGAAACGGUGGUAUUCUUUUGAUUAA